AUGGCUGCGAGCUGCCGCACGGCGUCGCCUCAUUGGCGCCGAUGCGCAGCAGCGGUGCUCGCGCGGCGCUCCCUGUCGACGAGCGUUAAGCGCAUCAAUCUCAACGCGGACCUCGCCGAGGGCUACGGCCCGUGGACCAUGACCGCCGACGCGGAGCUCAUGGACAUCGUCACGAGCGCGAACGUGGCCUGCGGCGGCCACGCGGGCGACGAGAAUAUCAUGGUCGCGGCCUGUGCGCUCGCGGCAGCGCGCGGCGUGUCCGUCGGCAGCCACCCGGGCUACGCGGACAAGCCCGGCUUCGGGCGCCGCGUCAUCCCCAUGGCCCUCGACGAGAUCGAGACCUUGGUGGCGUCGCAGACGGGCGCGCUGCUCGGCGUCGCGGGCCUCGCGCGGUCGCGCGGCCACGACGUCGCCGUGACGCACUGCAAGCCCCACGGCGCCUUGAACAACGUCGCGUGCGUGGACGCCGACGUCGCGGCGGCGAUCGCGCGCGCGGUCCGCGCCGUCGACCCGGGCCUCAUCAUGCUCGCGCCGGCGGCGUCGGAGCUCCUGAAGGCCGCGGAGGAAGCGGGGCUCGCGACGGCGUCGGAGGUCUUCGCGGAUCGCGCGUACAUGGCCGACGGGACCCUGGCGCCGCGGGCCAUGGCGGGGUCGGUGAUCCACGACGCCGACGCCGCCAUCGAGCACGCCCUUCGUUUAGCGUCGGGCGCGCCGGUGAAGGCCUUCGACACGGGCGAGGACGUCGUCCUCCGCGCGGACAGCAUCUGCGUCCACGGCGACAAGCCGUCGGCCGUCGCGCAGGCGCGCGGCGUCCGGGACGCGCUCCUCGCCGAGGGGUUCGUGCUCUGCACGCUGCCGGAGCUCGUCGCCGAAAACAAGGGGGGUUUUGGGAGUGUGUAA